AUGUCUUCCGUUGAUGAAUUAAAGGACUUGGUCCAUAAAUUACAAGACCGUAUCACCACUUUAGAACAAAAAGCUGGUUUAAAAUCAGUCAUUCCAAAUUCAAUUAGAAUGGUUUUAAUAGGUCCUCCAGGUGCUGGUAAAGGUACCCAGGCUCCAAAUUUAAAAGAAAAAUUUUGUGCUUGUCAUUUAGCUACUGGUGAUAUGUUAAGAUCUCAAGUUGCUAAAAAAACUGAAUUAGGUAUUGAAGCUAAAAAAAUUAUGGAUCAAGGUGGUUUAGUUUCUGAUGAUAUUAUGGUUAAUAUGAUUAAAUCUGAAUUAGAUUCAAAUCCUGAAUGUUCAAAAGGUUUCAUCUUGGAUGGGUUCCCAAGAACUAUCCCACAAGCUGAAAAAUUAGAUUUAAUGUUAAAAGAAAAAUCAAAACCAUUACAAUCUGCAGUUGAAUUAAAAAUUGAUGAUGAAUUAUUAAUUGCAAGAAUUACUGGUCGUUUAGUUCAUCCAGCAAGUGGUAGAUCUUAUCAUAAGAUUUUCAAUCCACCAAAAUCUGAAAUGAAAGAUGAUGAAACUGGUGAACCUUUAAUCCAAAGAUCUGAUGAUAAUGCUGAUGCUUUAGCUAAAAGAUUAGUUACUUAUCAUAAACAAACUGAACCAAUUGUGGAUUAUUAUAAAAAAACUGGUAUUUGGGGUGGUGUUGAUGCUAGUCAAAAUCCAAAAACUGUUUGGAGUGAUAUUUUAAAAUGUUUAGGUCAAUAA